UUUAAAACAUAAAAAAAAAAAAAAAACAACAAAACUUAUCAUUCAAAAACUAAUUACAGCUCCCCAUUCUUCCACUCUCUCCAGCACUUUUCUUCCCUUCAUCGCCGGUGCUGUUGAACGGCCGUGAACUGCCGCAGAUUCUUGUUUUCUCGACUCGAUGGUGUUCACCCAUUUCGCCGGCUUUUAGCCCGAUUUUCCCGCGCAGACUUCAUUUAGUUGACUGUUUGACCCGGGUUAAAAACGGUCCGACCGUUUUCGCCCUUCCACUUCGUUUAAAACAAUGCUUACAAGAGCACCACAAAAGCCCAGCAAUAAGUCCUGAAGCAUGGUUUGAGUUGAAGAUUGAAUAUUAUUAUAUUUACAAAUGGGGCGGUCCAACUCUAUUUCCGGAAAAAUCUUCGGUUUUAAAUGAGACUAUCAUCCUUCCUUAAUUAGAUAAGGUAAGGCCUUCCGACAUAUUUACCCUCAUCAAUCAUGUUUCCCGGUAGUGGCAAUGAAAAAGGAUCUGAAGCAUCCACCUCCACUGUUGGAUUGUCACAAAGUUGUUGUCAGUUUGACUUUGAUGAAAUUGUGUUAGCAACAGAAAAUUUUAAUGAGUCAUUAGUGGUUGGGAAAGGGGGUUUUGGGAAAGUAUACAAAGGCAAUAUUAGCAUAGGAACAACCCAUGUUGAUGUUGCAAUCAAACGGUUGGAUUUGAUGUCAAAUCAAGGGGAGAUGGAGUUCUGGGCGGAAGUUGAAAUGCUUUCCAAGUUGCGUCAUGCUCAUUUGGUGUCUUUAAUUGGAUACUGUAAUUAUGAAAAGGAAAUGAUCCUUGUGUAUGAGUACAUGCCCUACGGAACACUUGAAGAUCAUCUACAUAAACUCCAUACUCCUCUUUCUUGGCUUGAGCGACUCAAGAUUUGCAUAGGUGCGGCCCGUGGCUUAGACUACCUUCACACUGGUACAGGCAUUGAGGUUGGUGUUAUACAUAGAGAUGUCAAGAGCUCUAAUAUAUUGUUACAUAAAAGUUGGGCGGCAAAAAUUUCGGAUUUUGGAUUGGCUAGAAUAGGACCAACCAAUCAACCAUCAAGUUAUGUCCACACACUUGUUAAAGGCACUUUUGGGUAUAUCGAUCCAAACUAUUUUGCCACUGGAAAGUUGACAAGGAAGUCAGAUGUGUACGCAUUUGGGGUGGUAUUGUUUGAAGUGUUGUGUCAAAAGCGGCCAUUGGAUGAUAGUUUUGAAUGUGGACUAGCAACAUGGAUACAGAAAUCAAUAAAGGAAGGGAACUUAAAGCAAAUAGUUUAUUCUGCUAUACGAAGUGAGAUAUCUCCAAAAUGUUUAAAAGGGUUUGCUCGGAUAGCUGAAAGAUGCUUGGACAAUUAUCCAAACCACCGUCCUACCAUGACUGAGGUUGUCUUUAGUCUUGAAUCUCUACUGGCUCAAUCUGUAAUGUCCUCUCAACAGAAAAUCAAUAAUUGGUUGCAAACUCCUGGCAAGAAAAUAUUUGGAAGAAUAUUUAAUGUGCUUUCCUUUAGCUCCCCUAGUGAAAACUUGGUUGCUCGAAUCUCUCCUGGUGAAGACUUGCGUAUUUCAGUCUCCCGUGAUGAGAACUUGGGUACUCCAAUCUCUCGUGGUGAAAACUCGGGUAUUCCAAUCUUCCGUGGUGAAAAUUUAGGUAUCUCAAUCUCUCGUGAUGAAAACUUAGGUACUCCAAUCUCUCGUGGUGAAAACUCGGGUGUUCCAAUUUCCUGUGGUAAAAACUUAGCUAUGUCAUUCUACGUUGAGGAGAACUUAGGUACUCCAAUCUCUCGUGGUGAAAACUUUGGUGUUCCAAUUUCCUUUGGUGAAAACUUAGCUAUGUCAUUCUACCGUGAGGAGAGCUUAGGUACUCCAAUCUCUCAUGGUGAAAAUUCAGGUAUUCCAUCCUCUCAUGGUGAAAACUCAGAAAGAAUGAUGAGAAUGGAUCCAGUUAUGCAGCGAGUUAAUCGUAAUGGUGAUGAACAUAUUUCCGAGCUCAUGCAGUGCAAACCCUUAUCUGAACAAGAGGUCAGGUUAUUAUGUGAUAAGGCAAAGGAGAUCCUGAUGAAAGAAAGCAAUGUGCAGCCUGUUAAGAUCCCCGUGACAAUCUGUGGGGAUACUCAUGGGCAAUUUCAUGAUCUUGCCGAGCUUUUCCGGAUUGGAGGAAAGUGCCCGGAUACAAAUUACUUGUUUAUGGGAGAUUAUGUGGAUCAUGGUUAUUACUCCGUCGAAACAGUGACUCUCUUGGUGGCUCUCAAAGUGCGAUAUCCACAACGAAUUACUAUCCUAAGAGGAAACCAUGAAAGUCGUCUGAUAACUCAAGUGUAUGGAUUUUAUGAUGAAUGCCUAAGAAAAUAUGGUAAUGCUAAUGUGUGGAAGAUCUUUACGGAUCUAUUUGAUUAUUUUCCGCUCACUGCAUUGGUUGAGUCUGAAAUCUUUUGUCUCCAUGGUGGAUUAUCUCCUUCAAUUGACACAAUUGAUAAUAUAAGGAACUUUGACCGUAUUCAAGAAGUUCCCUAUGAGGGCCCAAUGUGUGAUCUUUUAUGGUCUGACCCUGAUGACCGUUGUGGUUGGGGUAUCUCGUCUGAGGGCCGUGGAUAUAAAUUUGGAAAAGACAUAUCUGAGCAGUUCAAUUAUACAAACAAGUUAAAACUGAUUGCUAGAGCACACCAGCUGGUUAUGGAGGGAUACCACUGGGGCCACGAACGAAACCUUGUGACAAUCUUCAGCGCACCUAAUUAUUGCUACCGUUGUGGGAAUAUGGCUUCAAUCCUUGAAGUGGAUGAUUGCAAAGGUCACAAUUUCAUUCAGUUUGAACCAGGUCCAUUGAAUAUGAGAGAUGUGAAAGCACCAGAUUAUUUCCUAUGACAUGGCAGUCUUCAUCGGACUGGUAUGUGCCUCGACUAUGGAUAAUAAGCAGACUAAAAGGGCAUAUAUGAAAUCUUAUAAUUGAGGCAGUGAUUUUGGAGUUAUUUGAUGCGCAAACAUUGCAUCUUUUAAUGGAAAUUAAGGAAAUGGAAAGGAGCAGACCCAAUUAAUUGAUGAAAGUAAAGCUUGUUUUAAUGGAGGAAAGUAAAAUAUGGGAAGAUGACCAAGAAAUGCAAAUGAGAAAUAGAUAUUUGAUCUUUGGUUGGAAUAAAAAUAUGAUAAAAGGUUCUUGCA